UUAAUGCAUCGCCUGCAACGGAGUGCAUCGCAACCCCCUUUUUUGUGCUACAGUUCCGCUUAUGGCCGAGCGCCGUGCGCGAGUGGUAAUGCCAUAUUGGGUAGGGCCUAUUUUGCCCUCUCUCCGUAUCACAUGGAAGGGAUUGCAGCAGUACCACCACCAGCAAGCGAAUCCACAUUUCCACAGCGCGUUUUUAGUAGAUACACGACAGCGUAGCUUGUCGGUGUGUUUUAUAGAUCUACGCUCGAGCCAGAGCAUAAAUACACACGCGUAUAAUCAUCGCAGUGUGCUUGAGUGUGCCGCGGUUACAGCGCCUCUGGAGGCAAAUCGAAAAACUAACGAACAAAAAUGGCAGCGUCUGUCGGGUCGUGUUCAUAUGUCCUCGGUCAGCGGUGCAGAAGGCUGCCCGAUAAGGUACUCUAAAUAAGUGCUCAGUACGAAGGUAUAUAUGAAAGAAAGUGCAUGUGUGAAAAUUGGCAUGAUGUGUGAAGAAAUCGCGAUACAAAACGGCGAUCUAAAUUUGGCCGUCGCGCUGCCCCUCAUUCAAGAUGACGUCGUCGGCCGCGAUGACAGCGAUGCGCGCGCAGCCGUUCAGCUCGAAGCGGACAUCAUCGUGCAGCCGAAGAAAUCCGAUUCGGAGGUGCCGUCGAAGAAACGCAAGACGCGUCGCGGGAAAUCCAAACGCCAUCGCAACGUUCACCCCUAUCGAAAAAACAACGAUAAACUUCUCACGAAGAUGAUCAAAGCCGAAGCCCCCUAUAACAGCAAUCGCUUCCUCAUCGAGGAUCACGGUGACCUCGAAUCAAUCGACGAAGAAUUGAAGAAGACAGAUCAAGCGUCUACGUCGACGGUUACUAGAACACGCGACUCCAGCUUCAGUAUGGAUUCGGAUGGUGAGUUCUACUCGACCCCCGAUGACGAAGAAGUUUUUCUCAUCAAAGACUUUGACGAUCAGUACGAGAGUCUGCAAGCAGAGCGACUGCAGGGUAUGUCUAAGGACGAACUUAUCAAAGAGUAUCUCAUGCUCGAGGGCAAAGUGGAGCUGCUUACAAAGCGCCUGCGAACCAAACCCUUAAACGCAAGUGAUCCCAGUGACUUGCGCGCUAAGUGCGAAGUGCAAAAGGAAAUUCAGCGUCUAACUAUUGAGAAUGAGUCGCUCAAGAGGGAGAACGACAGUUUGCGAUCAAAAGUCGAGUCUAGUUCGGACUCGGCCGACUCUGAAACGGAUUCCAGUGAUACAUGCAGUUCGAGUUCGAGUAGCCUCAGUCGUUGCGAAUCUCCUGUUAAUAACGUUAAUUCCUUUGAAGGAAUUAGCAGUGCCGAGAAGGGAUUGUCAAAGUGUUGAGUGUAAAACAAGAACAAGCAGUUUAAAGCAUUACAAACACAAUAGGUGUUCCGAGAAACUUCCACCUAACUUACAAAGCUUUUUCUUUCACAGUCAUUUUUUGAGUGAUUUUUUUGACAACUUUGUCCGUAGAUACGAAAAUGCGACUCUUGAACAAACAUUGCGUUUUUUUCUGGGACAGCUAAUGUACUACUUUACUUAACUAACACUACGAAUAAUGAGAAAUUGCCAAAAUAAUCGAUAGAUAACAUAAGCAAAGCUUCAUACAAAACGAGCGAUUUGUAUGAAGCAUGUGAUGAUUGAAAGUAAAUUUUCAAGUGAUAUUUAUUACGUUUAAAAAUGAAUCAAAAUUCUGUGACAUAUAUUUAUAUAAAAAAAAAUGUAAAAAAUCGAUAAAAAUGUGUUUAUAUCCAAUAUUUUGGCAACAAGAGUGUUGAAAACUGUUUGAAAUUGUGAUUAAUAUUGGCAGAAAAGAAUUUGUAAAGCAUGUGAAGUUUAAUUUUGUUCAUUUCUUUGUAAAUAUUAGCGAUCAAUGCAUUGUUGUUGAUGCAUUUGAAUAUUUCUUAGAGAACAUGGAAUUUGAAGUACAAUUAUAAUUUUAGUAUGGUGUCCGUUCGGCCCACGCACCUCUAUUUGCGUGCGAGCAUAACUUGCAUUUGCAUUAUUUCGAGUAAUUGCGCAUGUCAGGCGAAUCGAAUUGAUGACAUGUACGUUUUUCUUUUUGUAAAAGUGUUUUUUCUUUGCGUUAUCAGACGUUACAUUGUAAGUUGCUUAUAUUAGUGACCAGGUCUGUUGUAUCACAUUAUUAUAUUGCUGUUUUAAUUUAUGACGAUGAUACAAAUGAUUGUAAAGAAUAAAAAAGUAGUUGAACAUGA